AUGUUUGCUGAACUUCCUUUAAUUUUUAUUUGUCCUAUUCUAGAAAUACAAAAAUUAAGAUUAUUUGAUGAGUAUAGUAUCCCUUAUAGUAAAUAUAUUGAAUAUACAUAUUUAUCUCUUACUUUAUUUCAACUUUUAUUAGCGUUCCUCAUUUUUUGUUGUUGCUGCUAUUUUGCUAGAGAAGAUUUGAGCAAGGAAUUUAUUUUAACGACAGUAUUAUGGUUAGUUAUUCCAAUCAUUUAUACGAUCUUUACAAUAAAUGAGUUAGGUGAUAUUCCAUUUUAUUGUCCAACAAAUUAUGAUUAUGGGGAACCAGGAUUACGAUAUGUUUGCCAAACUCGGUUAGCGAAUUUAAUUUGUAUGUGGGUCAUGUUCAUGGGAAUACUCUUGACUGGUAUUACAAUGAUCAUUCCAAAAGAAAUUUUAAUUGAUAUAUUUAAUGAUGAUGGCGACGAAGAAUAUCAAGCAUUUAAUAGCGGAGGAGGUAAUCGUGAUGGAUAUCAAAGUGUUAAACAGAAUGAUCUUAAUUAUAAACAAAUUCAAAUCGUUCGACAAGAUGAAACAGAUGGAUCUUCAAGUAAUGGAAUAGAUGGAAUGGGAAGAAACGAAAGUGAACCUUCUAAACAUGAUAAACCUAAAGGAAAAGAGGAAACCUUUGGAUUUAAUAAUGAUGAUUUACAAAAAUUUAUUGAUCCUGACGAUAAUGAUAAAUUAAAACAUAUUGUUUGAUUAUAGAUAAAAAAAAAAAAAGUGUU